UAUUUAUGUCUACAUUACACUAUAAGCGCAAACUUUGGAAACAUUUUUGGGGCCUCACAAAGCCCUGCAUGUGUGCCUCUCCCCCAUGAAUGAAUUCAAAAUUCUAUUUUAAAGAAGUAAAAUUACAUUUCUGUUGUAAACAUUGUGACCCCUGGUUCCCAUCACCACCACUGUAAAGAGAUCAGAGUCUGUAAGCUUCUCUACAGUGAACCAUUUCACAUCAGACCAUCCUGAAUCUCCUCAGCGACAGACUGUGCGGAAAUCUUGAGAACUCGGUGGAGUUCCCCUUUAAAGCGGCAGCGGUAGGUUUGUUUUCGCGGUUACAGGUGUGGCGUUGGGCGCGCGUUCAUUGGCUAAGCGGAUCAGCUCUUAGCCAAUGGUAAGUCAGGCGGCACAAAUCAAAGCGCGGCCGAGCCAAUCGGCGCCCUCUCAGCGGAGUGGCGUCACUGGGGGGCUUCUUAUAGAGCAGCCGAGGGUCUGAGGCCCAACAGUGUAACCUCUGACUUUAGGGCACGGUGGACAGCACAGCACACACACUCAGAGGAGGCCUUUACUGAGAGCUCGACCCGAGUCCUGCACUAAACUAUGGCUUCAGGUGUGACCGAGUGUCCGGGGAAAGCGCGGGUCGACCACCUGCUCAGCGCCGUGGAGAACGAGCUGCAGGCGGGCAGCGAGAAGGGGGACCCGACCGAGAGGGAGCUGAAAGUCAGCCUGGAUGAAGCCGAGCUGUGGCAGAAGUUCAGAGAACUCACCAACGAGAUGAUCGUGACCAAGAACGGCAGGCGCAUGUUCCCCGUGCUGAAGGUGAGCAUGUCCGGCCUGGAUCCCAGCGCUAUGUACUCUGUCCUGCUGGACUUUGUAGCAGUGGACAGUCACAGAUGGAAGUAUGUGAAUGGAGAGUGGGUGGCGGGAGGCAGGCCGGAACCGCAGGGGCCCAGCUGUGUGUACAUGCACCCAGACUCACCCAACUUCGGAGCGCACUGGAUGAAGGCCCCGGUCUCCUUCAGCAAAGUCAAACUGACCAACAAACUGAACGGAGGUGGACAGAUCAUGUUAAACUCGUUGCACAAGUACGAACCCCGUAUCCAUAUAGUGCGAGUUGGAGGGCCACAGAGGAUGGUCACCAGUCACUCCUUCCCCGAAACCCAAUUCAUUGCAGUUACUGCCUACCAGAAUGAAGAAAUCACCGCCCUCAAAAUAAAAUACAACCCGUUCGCCAAAGCUUUCCUUGAUGCUAAAGAAAGAAGUGAUCAUAAGGAAAUAAUGGACGACACAAAUGACAGCCAACAGUCUGGCUAUACUCAAUUGAGUAGCUGGUUUUUACCAGGAUCAGGAUCCAUCUGUCCUCCAGCAAACUCUCACCCUCAGUUCAGCGGCCCUCUGUCCAUGUCCUCCUCUCACGGCUGUGAGCGCUACUCCACUCUGAGGAGUCACCGGGCGUCACCCUACCCCAGCCCUUACCCUCACAGAACAGCCUCCCCCACUGGCUACUCGGAGAACCCCUCAGCAUGUCUGUCCAUGCUGCCGUCCCAUGAGAACUGGUCCAGUCUGCAGAUGUCCUCUCACUCCAGCAUGGUCCCCAUGGGCCAACACUCUCCUCCCAGCUCCAACUCCAGUCAGUACACCAGUCUCUGGACUGUGGGAAAUGCUCCCCUGACUCCAGUCUCUCAGUCAGGGGGGAUGGUCAGCAGUCUGAGCUCUGGAUUCCUCCGCGGCUCUGCCAGCCACUACACCAGCCUGUCUCACCCCGGCACAGUGCCCUCUGCUGGAUCCCCUCUGUAUGACAGCACUCCUACCCACGAGGUGCACGAAGUCUCUCCUUACGACAGCUCCGCUCACAUGCGGCUGCCCACGGCCUGGACGCCCAUCACACCUCCUUCAAUAUAGACCGCACAGCUCCGCUCACUGGUUCUCCAGUGCUGCUGGGAGCUUCUGAACUAGCACUCUAUCUAUGCAACGGCGCCAAAGAAACGACAUCUGGAUUCUACUGGUUAGUUGCGUCGAAUUAGGCAAAGUCAUAAUGAAAUGAAAGGAAGAUCAAAGCAGAUGUUCGCCUUCACCCAGAUUGUAAAUAGAAUCGCAUCUUCCUUUUAAUGUCAUGGGCCUUCAGAUACCUUCAAACUUGCCUAAGCAAUAAUGUAUGCAACAUUUAAAAAUAUUAUACGUGUGGGUUUAUUUAUAGUUUUGAAAUGUGAGACGUGACUCAUUUCGGUGUAAUUUUCAGACAAUCAUUUGUACAAAGUGUAAAUGUCAGUAUUGUUAAAAAUGAUCUAUUUUUGCCUCGGCAUCUCGGCUUCACACAAGUUUUUAUUUGUAAUAUCAGUCAUGGCUGCAGCACUGCUGCAGAGCUGAUGGAUUCAGAUGGUGUUUGAGGACGUUAACCAGGUUCUGUAUGUAGUGAUUGAUGCACAUAAUGUUUCAGUAUUAAAGUGAUGAUCAGGAUGUUCAACUGAGUUGCACAAAACUGACUAGUAUUACCAUACUCAAUUUAUAUAUAUAUAUAUAUAUUAUUUAUAUAUAUGAUA